UUGUCACUGUCGUGAGUGAUUGCGCAGUCACGCGUCCCCUCCCACCCGGCAGCUGCGCCCUGUAUAAAUGAACGAUCCGCGGCUGCGCCGCGGGGAUCCGCCGCGGGGGGCUUUCUGGAGCGCUUUAAUCUGCCUUUUGGUUUCUCUUUCUCUCACUCUGAUCUUCUGCGGGCGAGAGGAGCAUCAGGAUAUCCGCACCUCAUCCAGCAUGGCCUCCAUCAGCGCCUCAAACACAUGUUUCUCCUUGGAGCUGCUCCGCACUCUGAGCCAGGCAAAGCCCUCCGGGAAUAUCUUUGUCUCUCCGCUGAGCAUCAGCUCGGCCCUGGCCAUGGUCUACCUGGGAGCCAAAGGGGACACGGCGGCUCAGAUGGCACAGGCCCUGUCGUUCAGUUCUGGAGAAGCCAUCCAUGAAGACUUCCAGACACUGAAUGCUGCCAUCAACUCCUCGUCUGCAUCCUACAUCCUGAAACUCGCCAACCGUCUGUACGGAGAAACCUCUUCCCGCUUCCUCACGGAGUUCCUGGAUGCCACCCAGAAGUACUACCGGGCCGACCUGAAGGCCGUGGACUUCAUCGGGGCUGCAGAGCAGUGCAGACUGGAAAUCAACGACUGGGUCGAGCAGCAGACAGAAAGUAAGAUAAAAGACCUCCUGAAGUCUGGGACCGUCAGUUCCAUGACAAGACUGGCGCUGGUCAACGCCAUCUACUUCAAAGGAACCUGGUUGAACCUCUUCCCUGCACAAAACACCAAGGAGAUGCCGUUUAAAGUCAAGCAGGACGCCGCCGUGCCGGUGCAGAUGAUGUACCAGAAGAACAAGCUGCCCUACAACUACAUCCCCGACCACGGACUGCAGAUCCUGGAGCUUCCUUACGAGGAGGAGGAGCUCAGCAUGAUCAUCCUGCUGCCCGAGGAGGCCGCCGACGGCUCGGACCCCCUGCUGAAGCUGGAGAGUGAGCUGACGCAGGAGAGGCUGGACGAGUGGACCAACAGGGACAACAUGGACGUCCACUCGGAGGUCCUGGUUCACCUGCCAAGGUUCAAGCUGGAGGAGGACUACGAGCUGAACGAGCCUCUGGCCAAGCUGGGCAUGACGGAUGUGUUCAGCGCGGCCAAGGCCGACCUGUCCGGCAUGAACGGCGAAGGGGGACUCUUCCUGUCCACGGUGGCCCACAAGGCUUUUGUGGAGGUGAACGAGAAGGGCACGGAGGCGGCGGCCGCCACGGCGGGCAUCGUGUCCUUCUGCAUGCUGAGGGAGGAGCACUUCACUGCGGAUCACCCCUUCCUCUUCUUCAUCAGGCACAACAAGACCAAGACUAUCCUCUUCCUGGGCAAGCUCUCUUCUCCUCAGUAGACGGAAACAGUGGAAGGAGAUGAAAUGAUGAUAGCACUGAAAUAUUAAAAAUGUCAAUAAAAAA